UAUCAGCAGUUGACAUGACGAGUGAUCAUGCUUCAAAAUCAAAGUGUUGAUAUUUCUCAAAACGUCAGCGAACCGUUCUACGGGAAUUGUACUGUGCUAUGUUAAUGCCGUCCACUUUUUUGGAUUCAUAAUCUAUACCGGGAAGUCAGACAACUGUGCAUUUGGUCAGGAUGCCGGGGGGAGUGUCAACAUGCCCACACGUGAGGCUCCUGGGCAACUGGAGCUGGGAGGAAAUCAGAAGCAAGCAAGAGGACCACUGUCAUGUGUGCAAUACUGGCAUGCCCAAGCUCUGGCUGUGUCUUGUCGGACCGUGUCAGUUUGUGGGGUGUGGGGAGGCAGUUUGUGAUCACAGCUCUAUACAUGCUGAGGAGAAGAAGCAUUGCCUUACCAUCAAUUUGUCCACGCUAAGGAUCUGGUGUUACAUCUGUGAGGCUGAGGUCCACCCUGAUGGAAACACACCCCCGGUCCUAUUUGCUGAGCAUCCUGGGAAGAACAUGUCUAACUCCCCACUGAGGACUAACAGCUCUGGGGACAGCUCUCCGUGUAAAAGUUUUACGGGCGGGGAAGAUUCUGAUUCUGAUUACGAAGAUGGCUCAGUAAAACCCAGAGGUCUGACAGGGCUGAGGAAUUUGGGGAACACUUGUUAUAUGAAUGCUGCCCUUCAGUCUUUGUCAAACUGUCCGGCACUCACCAGAUAUUUCCUAGACUGUUCAGGGUUUGUGAGGCCAGACAGAAACCCUAUGUUGUCAAAGAGCUACCUGAGACUCAUAUCUGAGAUAUGGCACAAAAAAAGGCCGAGUUAUGUGGUGCCCAGUGGGGUGUCCAGUGGCAUCAAGGUGGUCCAUCCAAUGUUCAGAGGUUACUCUCAGCAGGACACUCAGGAAUUCCUCCGCUGUUUUAUGGAUCAACUACAUGAAGAGUUAAAAUACCCCGUCCCUGACGAGGAUUCUGAUGCGGAAUCGGAAGUUCCAGAGAGCAUGGACACAACCGUGACGAAUGAUCGACACGAGCCCCCUCCCUCAACAGACUCAGGCAGCCAAUCAGAGGUAGAGUACGAGACUUGUGACUCAGGGCUGAGCAGUGAAAGGAGCUCUGUGGACCCAGAGGUGUCAAGUGACGAAGGUGAGCAGAGUAACAGGCACCAGGCUGGGGAUGGCCCCGACCAGGAUUCAAGGGAGACAACCUGUGAUACCAGCAACAACUCUGAGCAGGUCAUGAUGUUACCUACUCAGAAAGAAGUGAAGGACUCGAGAAACCUGCUGUUCAAACAACACACAGACGGACCUUGCCAGACCAUUUUACCAGGUGAAGAGAUCAACCAAUCAGAGGCCUCGCAGACCAAUGAGAGCAUGUCGGAUCAGGAGUCCAAUUCUCGGACCAGGACACGAAAACCGCGCUCCAAGAGGUUGUCAGAAACGGUCUCUUCUCCGGAACUUCUCAGUCCGCCACGCUCACCACAGAAGGUUAACAUUGGGCCUGCUUCAGCAAAGGCCCAAGUGCAGCACAAGCCUAGUAAAGACAAAAAAUCGGUGCAGUACAGAAGUGUGAUAUCUGAUAUAUUUGACGGGAAAAUCCUGAGCUCUGUACAGUGCUUAACAUGUGAGAGGGUUUCAACGACAAAGGAAACAUUCCAAGAUUUGUCACUGCCAAUACCAAACAAGGACCACUUAACCAUGAUUCAUGCUAGUCAAGCGGGCUUUCCUAAGGGAGGCACCUGUGGGGAGGUGAAUCAGAGCUGGAUCUCAUGGAUUAUGUCCUGGAUGAGAAGCUGGUUUAUAGGGCCCACGAUCACUCUACAGGAUUGUCUAGCGGCCUUUUUCUCCGCUGAUGAGCUCAAAGGAGAUAACAUGUACAGCUGUGAAAAGUGUAAAAAACUCCGCAACGGAAUCAAGUAUUCCAAGGUUUUGGAAUUGCCAGAGGUGUUGAGUAUCCAUCUGAAGCGGUUUCGUCAUGAAUUUAUGUUCUCAACAAAAAUUGCCAGCACAGUGUCCUUCCCUCUGGAAGACUUGGAAAUGAAACAGUACUUACACAAAGACUGUAAAUCUGAAAUAACGACGUAUGAUCUGUUCGCUGUGAUUUGUCACCAUGGGACAGCUGGAGGUGGUCACUACACAGCGUAUUGCCUCAACUACCUGAAUGACCAGUGGUACGAGUUUGAUGACCAAUACGUGACAGAAGUGGAUGUCCAGCAGGUCAUGACCUGUGAGGCUUACGUCCUGUUCUACAAGAAGCGCAAUGAUGCUAUGCUGAGUCAGAGGCAGAAGGCCAUGGAGCUGAUGGAACUCCGUGAGCCCAGUCUACUGCAGUUCUAUGUGUCCAAACAAUGGAUUAACAAGUUCAACACCUUUGCUGAACCUGGUCCUAUCUGCAAUAUGGACUUUCUCUGUUCACACGGAGGUGUCCAUCCUAAUCGUGUGAGUUAUGUCGAUGAGUUAGUGGUGCCUCUGCCCCAGUCUGUGUGGGAAUAUCUGCAUGAUAGGUACGGUGGAGGGCCAGUGUGUAACCAUCUCUACCCUUGUUCUCAAUGUCAGAAGGAGCUGGAUGCCCUCAGACUGAGACAAACCACAGAGAUGGACACCUUUAUACAGCUGAAUGAGAAGUUCCAAGAAGAGGAUCAUCCUCCAGUUAUCUACGCCAUCAGUAUGAGCUGGUUCAAGGACUGGGAAACCUUUGUCAGGGCCAAAACUGACAAUCCUCCGGGUCCCAUCGACAACAGCAGAAUCACAGUGAUGAAAAAUGGACAGCCUAGCGUCCGUAAUAGCUCCGAUCAUGGGCAACUCUCGAAAGAAAUGUGGCAGUUCCUUCAUGGACUCUACGGAGGAGGACCGGAGCUCAUCCUUCGACAAACAUUGGCCUCAAUGGCGGCUAGCGGCAGUCCUGCCCAAUCCCAAACCACUGCAACAACAACACUGUCAUCUAACUCAACCACCUCCUCUUCACCCACCCCAGUAAACCAACAGGCAGCACCUGUCACAUCACAACAACAGCAGCAGGCACCAUCAUCAGCAGGGUCCACUUCAGAGGAGGAAUAGAGACUAGACUCACAAAUAUGCAGUAUACACAAGCUGUAUUACAGCGGACAAGAACAGACACCGUCGUCAGAAUGGUCGACUUCAGAUGAGGAAUAGAAAUGAUUGUCUGCAAUAGGCAGACUAAACCAGCUAUAUAUUAGAACACCAGCAAGCAGCCUGACAAGCAGGUUUGACAUCAGACAUGAGAGACAGGGUGCUGACAGACACACAGGCUGCACCAACUUUAUUGCAACUUUAUUGUCAUUGGCAGUCCUGACUCCAGAUGAGGAAUAGAAUGAAAACUCUGUAAACAGACAUACAGACUGACAGCCGUUCUGACAGGAAUUGUCGUUGGUAGAUCACAACAUCAGAUGAGGAUUAGAAACAUGAUUAGCUUAUUUUGUGGACCUGACAGGUUGAAAUUGGACCAUUUGCUGUACAUUUUAUUAAACUUCAACAGUUGUUGUGAGUAGGACAUGUGGCUAUUUUCACAGAGCACUUUAUCAACACAUUUCCCACUAAAUCAUUCAGCCUACAUGGAGAAGACCAGUCACAACGCAGACACAGCGCUGAGCAAAGCCUGAUCUUUUGGUAACCCAUUUAGUUAAAUGAACCGUCAUCAGAUUCCUAACCGAAAUAAAAAUGCUUUUAAAUACCUGUCAUUUCUCAGACUUUAGUUUAGUUCUUCAACCCAGCUACUGUUCAACUACCUCCCACCCCCACCCACCAACCCACCCACCCCCGCCCAAGUAAAAUACUAAUUACCCUAAAUGAGCUAAAAAUUCGACCACAAAAGAACAUUUUUGGAGGCGAAUAAAUGUCAUGAGAUAUUACCUCAAGUGCUAAAAUUUACAUUUUCCUAGUAGGAUAGGCUUGUGUACAGCUUGACAAAGGACUAAGAAGUAUGAAUGUUACAGUGUUUUUGCUUUUCCCAGUGUUUUAUUUGUCAUCCAUACUUAAUUUUGCUUUGCUUAUUAUGUGCUGAUGUACUGGUGAAUGUAUUGGUGGGUUUGAAAAGUUACCGUACCUUAUUAACAUCGAGUUAACAGAGCAGUUCAAUAACCUGUGUAAUUAACUGUAAUACCUGACCCUUUGUUUUCUAAGAUUAUGUCCUCAGUCCAGAAGAUACAUAGUGUAGGCCAUUGACCAAUAAUCGCACAUGACAGUAUGUCACUUUCAGUGAAAAUUAACUUGUUCAUCAGGUAUCCGCCAGUGAUACACUCAAAAUUGGGCCUAAAUAUGGAUGGUGUUUGGUAGGCUUGACCAAACAUUCAUAUCAGCCCUCGUAUGAGCCCCAGGCUGAUAUCAAUACCUGGAUGGUUCCCUCCUCCUGAUGGCGAGUGGUACUAAUCCCGAUUGGUACUAAUCCCGAGUGGUACUAAUCCCGAGUGGUACUAAUCCCGAGUGGUACUAAUCGCUUCAUCCUUGGAAUCAGGCACUGGAUAAAUUUCUCACAUCUCAGAUCUAACACCGACCUCGGCUCAUUUGUUCUGACAUAGCAUUUUACCGUUCCAUUUGUACAUAAAUUUGUGAUGCUGCAAUGGGGUAGUAUCUCAUGAUGUCAGAUCUGAGUGUUUCAACAUCUCAACUUUGAUGCGCCUUUUUUGUCGUGAGGCUUUCCACGCUGGGAGUGUGUUACUGUAUAUUUUUGACCAAUCAUAAGGCUGAUAGCUUUAUAAUGUAUCUGAUGUCACAUUCAAGGUAGAUGGAGUACAUCACAGAACCAGGCUUGAGUUUAGAGUCUGUGCAAACCUGUCACUGUUUGUCCGUCAGUCAGUAAUGGUUAACUGAUACAUAAUAAGUAUGUAAUAAUGUACCAAUAUUCACAUCAGCGCUCAACUGCCACAUCAGCUCUAGAUCUUGGCACCGCAGUCUGUAUGUGACAUUGUAAACGUUUUACUACACCAAAUUAGUGACAUCGACAAUAGAACAAUAAAGAUGAAGCCGGUUAUAUUCUUGAUAUCACAGUCGCCAUUUUUUACCCAUCACACCACUUCACUCUCUUCUUGGCAGCUUCUUUGAGGUCUGUAGUUAUCUUGUUAAUCGUCAUACCCUAGUCUUGAUUGUAUAUGUAUCUACAUGAACAUGAACUGUAUUGUAAUAGUAAAUUGUGUACAUUCUUGGACAUUUCCAAAUGUUCAGAUUUUUUUUUUCCCGACUUGUGCUUGGAUGCACAGAUCAGGAAUGUAUAUAAAUGAAUGGAAAUGAAAGCAGAGAAAUGGUAUUGGAAUUGAUUUACAUGUAACCUAUAAAACUCUCUGUUAUGUACUAUUUGCAGGGUUAUUUUUCUCUUGAAAAUUUGACAAGCUCUGAAGGCAGAGAUUGAGUGACCUGGUGAAGUUGUGUAUAAUAAUUGUGCAUGCUUAGAUACAAAUGUUCAUUUUGGUUUUCCUGGACGUUUUCAUCCUGAUCAGCCAGGUGAUGUAAGUGUAGAUACGAUGCUCUGCUCAAUAUUGAGGUGUCAUACCUUGGCUCAAGAAGACGGGGGCAUUUUUACAGAACUCUUUGACAGCACUGUGACAUUGUAAAGUUAUGCAUCGCAAUUGUGUAUGCUUAGAUGUAGGUUUUCCUGGACAUCUUACAGAACUCUUGACAGCACUGUGACAUUGUAAAGUUAUGCAUCGUAAUUGUGCGUGCUUAGAUGUAGUUUUUCCUGGGCAUUUUACAGAACUCUUGACAGCACUGUGACAUUGUAAAGUUAUGGAUCCUAAUUGUGUUUGCUUAGAUGUAGUUUUUCCUGGACAUUUUACAGAACUCUUGACAGCACUGUGACAUGUUGAAGUUAUGCAUCAUAAUUGUGCAUGCUUAGAUGUAGUUUUUCCUGGACAUUUUACAGAACUCUUUGACAGCACUGUGACAUUGUAAAGUUAUGCAUUGUAAUUGUGUUUGCUUAGAUGUAGUUUUUCCUGGACAUUUUACAGAACUCUUGACAGCACUGUGACAUUGUAAAGUUAUGCAUCGUAAUUGUGCGUGCUUAGAUGUAGUUUUUCCUGGGCAUUUUACAGAACUCUUUGACAGCACUGUGACAUUGUAAAGUUAUGGAUCCUAAUUGUGUUUGCUUAGAUGUAGUUUUUCCUGGACAUUUUACAGAACUCUUGACAGCACUGUGACAUGUUUAAGUUAUGCAUCAUAAUUGUGCGUGCUUAGAUGUAGUUUUUCCUGGACAUUUUACAGAACUCUUGACCGCACUGUGACAUUGUAAAGUUAUGCAUCAUAAUUGUGCAUCGUCGUCAUAUGACUGAAAAAUUGUUGAGUACGACGUUAAACCCCAAGCACUCACUCAUAAUUGUGCAUGCUUAGAUGUAGUUUUUCCUGGAUAUACAGAACUCUUGACAGCACUGUGACAUUGUAAAGUUAUGCAUCACAAUUGUGUUUGCUUAGAUGUAGUUUUUCCUGGACAUUUUACAGAACUCUUGACAGCACUGUGACAUGUUUAAGUUAUGCAUCAUAAUUGUGCAUGCUUAGAUGUAGUUUUUCCUGGACAUUUUACAGAACUCUUGACAGCACUGUGACAUGUUUAAGUUAUGCAUCAUAAUUGUGCAUGCUUAGAUGUAGUUUUUCUGGACAUUUUACAGAACUCUUGACUGCACUGUGACGUAUUAAAGUUAUGCAUCAUAAUUGUGUUUGCUUAGAUGUAGUUUUUCCUGGACAUUUUACAGAACUCUUGACCGCACUGUGACAUUGUAAAGUUAUGCAUCAUAAUUGUGCAUGCUUAGAUGUAGUUUUUCCUGGACAUUUUACAGAACUCUUUGACAGCACUGUGACAUGUUUAAGUUAUGCAUCAAAAUUGUGCAUGCUUAGAUGUAGUUUUUCCUGGACAUUUUACAGAACUCUUGACAGCACUGUGACAUUGUAAAGUUAUGCAUCAUAAUUGUGCAUGCUUAGAUGUAGUUUUUCCUGGACAUUAUACAGAACUCUUUGACAGCACUUUGACAUUGUAAAGUUAUGCAUCACAAUUGUGCAGGCUUAGAUGUCCCUUUUUUCCUGGACAUUUUACAGAGCUCUUGACAGCACUUUGACAUUGUAAUGUUAUAUGCAUCAUAGUAAGCAUGCUUUGUUUUUCACAUUGAAAUCACAUUGUAAUUUCUUGUAAUUGUAAUUGUUCACCAACAAUUACCAAGGUGUACUCAUGUGGUGAAAAAUCACGAGAAAUCACAAUAUGACUUUCUGUAAGUCUGAUUGAAUGCAGGAAGAGAACAAUGUGAUUUACAUUGACAUUGAACUUCACAUGAUUUUUCAGCAUACCGUCACCUUUCUACACUAAAGUUGCUACAGCAAGGUAAUUACAAUUAAUGGUCUCAAAUUUUGCCCAUAACCAGUCUGCACAUUUUACCUCAAUAAAAGAGUUCUGGUGAUCAGAGAAAGGUGUUUUGGGGUUGGUUUAGAAGGUAGUGUGACACCCUAAUAGUAAAAUGUAAGUGUAGGAACCAAGGUAAUAUUUUUAGACAUUUAUGUGCCUCUGAAAAUCGGUUGAAUUGGUCGAAGUUUUAGGUCAUUGACCAUGGUUCCGUGAAUGUGGAUGAAUGAUUUACUGACCAUGGUUCCGUGAAUGUGGAUGAAUGAUUUACUGACCAUGGUUCCGUGAAUGUGGAUGAAUGAUUUACUGAUGUACUUACCAGAUCUCCAGUCAAGAUCACAUUGAGUUAUUUUGGGCAGAUUAAACUGGGAUUGAUUCAGGUUUUAAAUGCUGGGGAUAUUUCAUUGUUAUUCAUUGUUGUGCAUGCUACUUUCGAUAGUGAAGAAAAAACAACCCAUCAGUCUUGUCUUUGGCUUUAAAAGUGUGUUCUUUGUUUUUG